UUGGUCAAUGAACACUGUGACAUUUAUUUGAAAGACAUUCCGAGCUGUUAGGCUAGUGACACGGCAAGUCCAAGAAUGAUGCACAGAGUACAUCCAAGAAGAUACCAAAUGGUGCUCGAGAUGGCAAGGCGGUGGCACCAAACAAGUUUAACAAGUUUGUGUAACAUGAUCUUUCUUGCUACACCACAAUUAGACAUCGCAAACGACAUAAUAUUUGACCGACCUCGAAACUAGUCUAUAGCGGCCUUUAAGCUGAAUUGAUUGAGCACAUGGACAAAAAGGCAACAUGGGACCGAUUUUACUCUGAAACCAAUAGUCAGCACACAAAUAAAUUCAAGAACUUUGAGUGGUUCUUUGGAUUUGACGCUGUGCAAGACAUCAUCCUGCCUCUGCUAAAGCUUCCCACAGAUUCAGAUGCCUCAGUGCACAUACUGGACAUGGGCUGUGGGACGUCCGCUUUGGGACCUUCCAUUUACAAGCACACACCGUGGCCAGUCGUUGUCACCUGUGUAGACAUAUCCCCAGUUGCUGUAAAGCUCAUGCAGGAACAUACAAAGAGGACACCAGUUAAGCCUCAAAAUCCACUAUCCAGCUUGGCUUUCUUAGAACUGGACUGCACUCGGCUCAAGGAACACUUCAGGCCACAAAGUUUGGACUUGAUUGUGGACAAAGGCACCACAGAUGCUCUGCUGAGGUCCCGGGAUGGACAGGUCAAGGCUGGGCAGAUCCUGAGGCAGUGCCUGGGUGUUCUGCGCAGCACCGGAAGUCUAAUCCAGCUUUCGGAUGAAGAUCCAGAUGCCAGGAUCUUGUGGCUGGAGAAAGAGACAUUUGGCACUGGGGAGGUGGCUGCUAAUGUAGGGGUCCAGGAGGUUGGCGUGCUACGAGGAGUGUGCUACUAUUGUUAUGAAAUAACCUCUCGUAAUUCAACACUGUAAUGUACUUCAAACUCAAAUUGAACCCUGUGCAGUGUUUCACA